UUAACUUAGCUGGUAGCGGGCAAUUAGCUAGCUAUUAGCCAGUUAGUUAACGUUAGCAGGCUGCCAGCUUGCUAAUGUGCUAACCGGGUAGGUUCGGGUUGAUAGAACAACUUCCUUGUCAUAAGGUAAUCAUAGUUAUCAGCUUAAGCAACCAGCCGGACAAGAGAACAACUAUGGCUGAAAACCUGCUGGACGUCGGACCUCCCAACUCGAAGCGGCCGAAGCUGAAUUCACCUGCCCUGUCAGCGUCUGAUGGACAAGAUCUGGGAUCACUAUCCUGGGAUGAUUUGGAGAAUGACCUUCCAGAUGAAUUGAUCCCUAAUGGUGGAGAUCUAAGCUUGAUGGGUGGGAUGCCUUCAAAUGGUGGAGCAGCACCUGGAGCUGGUGGGCCAGGUGGCACCCCUGCAGGCCUUGGUGGUGGCGGUGGCUCUGUCGUCCCGGAUGCAGCCGCCAAGCACAAGCAGCUCUCAGAGCUCCUUCGAGCCGGUAGCACCUCCAGUAUCACAGGUGCAGGGCUGAACUCAGCUAGCCCUCAGCCAGGCGGUAUGGGGCCUCAGCUGGGUACACCGCUGGGUAAGAGCCCCCUUGGCCAAGGCUCCCCCAACAACCACCCGUCACCCCAGGCCCAGAAAACGGGAACACCAACUGGAAUAGCAGGACAAAACAACAACAGUAAUACUGCAACAAUGGGCUUGAACACAGCAGGCUUCAACCAAGCCAUGAUUAACAAUAGCCAGGGCCAUGCUGGGCUACUGGCCCAGGGAGGACAGCCCCAACCUGGGCAGGUGAUGAAUGGUGGCCUCGGACCUGGAGCUGGGAGAGGACGGGGAGCAGGAGUAACAGGCAUGCAGUACCAGGGACCGACAAUGCAGGGAGCUGCACCAGGACCAGGAGGAGCAGGCAGUGCUUUGGCAGAGACUCUCACCCAGGGAGGGCAGCAGAUGGGAGCUCAUGCCACCCUCAGUGCAGCCCAACAAGCAGGCAACAUGAACAAGAUGGGCCUGGGUAGCAAUGGCGGUCCAUUUGGGGCCCAGCCCUACGGUCAGGGUGCCGCAGGGCCAGGCCAGCAGCUAAACCCUCAGCAGCAGCUCCAGAACAAGGCUGCCCUUGCCAACAGUCUACCACCCUUCCCCAGUGAGCUCAAAGGGGCUGCUGUCACUAGCGUGCCAAACAUGCAACUCCAGCAGCAGCCUCAGCAGCAGGCGGCGAUGCUCCCCCUGGCCGGCAGCGGAGGUGUGGCGGUGCCUUCAGCAGGCCCUACAGCAGACCCAGAGAAGCGUAAGCUGAUCCAGCAGCAGCUGGUCCUGCUGCUUCAUGCACACAAGUGCCAGCGACGGGAGCAGGCCAACGGGGAGGUGAGGGCAUGUGCCUUGCCUCACUGCCGCACCAUGAAGAACGUCCUCAACCACAUGACCCACUGCCAGGCUGGCAAGUCCUGCCAGGUGGCUCACUGUGCGUCGUCCAGACAGAUCAUCUCCCACUGGAAAAAUUGCACACGACAUGAUUGUCCUGUCUGCCUGCCGCUGAAGAACGCUAGCGACAAGCGCACCCAGCAACCCAUGCUGAGCUCUCCUAAUGCGGGCCUCCAGAACCCAAUGUCUUCAGUUGGUGUGGGCCAGCCCAAUGCUCCCACCAUCAAUACCUCAGCCCCCAUAGACCCCAGCUCCAUGCAGAGAGCCUACGCGGCCCUGGGGCUGCCCUACAGUAGCCAGGCCACUGGGCAGGCCCAGGCCCAGCAGGCCCCAGGCCCAGGACAAACACCAGGGGCACAGAGCACACAGGCUCAGCAACAACAACAGCUUUCACAGCAGAUGAGACCCAUCAGUACACUUGGUAACCAGAUGGCUCUUGGAGGUGCGGCAAUGGGUGUGACCACUUCAGAACAGACAAACCUGCACACAGACUCCCUUCCCAACACACUCAACACUAACAAUCAGCUGCUGUCAGACGGGUCAGCUGUGGGAUCGAUGGGCAACCUACCCACAGCAGCACCUGUCUCUGCCACAGGCACCAGGAAAGCCUGGCACGAGCACGUCACUCAGGACCUGCGCAAUCACCUCGUACACAAACUAGUACAAGCCAUAUUCCCUACCCCUGACCCGGCAGCUUUAAAGGACAGACGAAUGGAGAACCUGGUGGCCUACGCCAGAAAGGUGGAGGGAGACAUGUACGAGUCAGCUAACAGCCGGGAUGAGUACUAUCACUUCCUGGCUGAAAAAAUCUAUAAAAUCCAAAAGGAACUGGAGGAGAAGAGGCGCUCAAGGCUACAGAAGCAGAUCAUAAACCAGGCACCAAUGGCCGCUCAGGGGAACCAGCAGCCUGGCCUCGCCCAGCCCAACACCUUGGGCCCAAGGCCACAGAAUGGACCUGUUCCUCUGCCCAACAUGCCAAAUCAGAUCAUGAAUCGCAUGCAGGUUUCACAAGGAAUCAACCAGUUCAACCACAUGGCUCUGCCCAACGCCCAGAUAUCUCAGGCACCCAUGGGAGCCCGAGCUGCCUCACCCAUGAACCACCCGCAGCAAAUGAACAUGAGCUCUGUCCCAGCGAUGGGCAUGUCUCCCUCCAGGAUGCCCCAGGCCCAGGGCAUGAUGGCCGGACAUGGCGGCGGCAACAUGGUGGGCCAGACAGCCAGUCAGGGACAGUUUCUGGCUCAGACCCAGUUCCCUCCAGGAUCUGCUGCAGUCGCUGCAACAGGCACCAUGAACGUCACCGUGGGCCCUGGCAUGGGUCAGCCACAGGCACAGGCUGCUGUCAGCCAGCAGCAGCAGCAGCAGAGCGCUAACCUCCCCAUGAAUGCACUUGGCCCCUCGCUGGGCCCUCAGCUAGCCUCCUCCCAAACCCCCUUGCACUCCACGCCUCCGCCUGCUGCCUCCUCCGCCUCCACGGCUGGGGGGGCCACUAACAUGCCGCACCCCCAGCCCUCCAGCCGCAGCUCCACCCCCACCCUCCCUGGCCCUGCCCAAGCCCAGGGUGCAACCCCGCCCUGCCCCACUCAGCCCCAACCCCAGGCGGAGCUCCCCGCAGCAGCACAGACGCAGCCCCUGCCUCAGCCCCCUACCACGCCGCUGUCUCAGCCAGGAGCCUGUCUGGAUAACCGGGUGCCCACACCAGCCUCAGCCACCAGCGCCGACCUCCACUCGCAGCAUGUUGGAGCAGACCUGCCUGUCCAGGAGGUCAAAGCAGAGACACAGCAUGACCAACAGGACUUUGAGGCUGCUGGUGGCAAAACUGAGCCCAAGAUGGAGACUGAGGACGACUCUUCUUCAACGCUGGUGAAGAAGGAGGAGCCAGAAGAAAAGCUGGAGCCAAUGGAAGUGGAGGAGAAAAAGCCGGAAAUUAAGACAGAACCCAAAGAAGAGGAAGAGGGCGGAGCCAACAGCACAACCUCCUCAUCCCCCUCUCAGUCACGGAGGAAAAUCUUUAAGCCCGAGGAGUUGCGCCAGACUCUGAUGCCGACUUUGGAGUCUCUCUACAGGCAGGACCCAGAGUCGCUGCCCUUCAGACAGCCAGUAGACCCCAUGCUUCUCGCUAUCCCGGACUACUUUGACAUUGUGAAGAACCCUAUAGAUCUGUCCACAAUAAAGCGUAAGCUCGACACAGGCCAAUACCAAGAGCCCUGGCAAUAUGUUGACGAUGUCUGGCUGAUGUUCAACAAUGCCUGGCUCUACAACCGCAAGACGUCCCGUGUCUACAAGUACUGCUCCAAGCUGGCUGAGGUGUUUGAGUCAGAGAUCGAUCCUGUCAUGCAGAGUCUGGGCUAUUGCUGCGGGAGGAAGUACGAGUUUUCUCCUCAAACCCUCUGUUGCUAUGGCAAGCAGCUCUGCACCAUACCUACUGGAGGCACAUACUACAGUUACCAAAACAGGUAUCAUUUUUGUGAGAAGUGCUUCAAUGAGAUCCAGGGAGAGAGUGUGACAUUAGGAGAUGAUCCUGCACAGCCACAGACGAAGAUAUCAAAAGACCAGUUUGAACGGAAGAAAAAUGAUGUACUUGACCCUGAACCGUUCGUUGAAUGUAAGGAUUGUGGACGGAAAAUGCACCAGAUAUGCGUCUUACACUACGAGGUCAUUUGGCCAUCUGGAUUCAUUUGUGACAACUGUUUGAAGAAGAGUGGAAAAACAAGGAAGGAAAACAAGUUCUCUGCAAAAAGGCUGCAGUCGACACGAUUGGGAAUGUACAUAGAGGACCGUGUGAAUAAAUACUUGAAGAGACAGAACCAUCCUGAGGCUGGAGAGGUGUUUGUGCGAGUGGUGGCGAGCUCUGACAAAACGGUGGACGUUAAACCAGGCAUGAAAGCCAGGUUUGUGGACACGGGUGAAAUGCCUGAGGCCUUUCCCUACAGAACCAAAGCACUUUUCGCCUUUGAGGAGAUUGAUGGUGUGGACGUUUGCUUCUUUGGCAUGCACGUGCAGGAGUAUGGCUCCGAGUGCCCAUUCCCCAACACUAGACGGGUCUACAUAUCAUACCUUGACAGUAUUCACUUCUUCAGACCGCGGAUUCUACGAACAGCAGUGUACCAUGAGAUCCUCAUUGGCUAUCUUGAAUAUGUCAAGAAACUCGGGUAUGCCCAGGGCCACAUCUGGGCGUGCCCUCCCAGUGAAGGAGACGACUACAUCUUCCACUGCCAUCCUCCUGAUCAGAAGAUCCCCAAGCCUAAGAGGCUACAAGAAUGGUAUAGGAAGAUGCUGGACAAGGCCUUUGCAGAGAGGAUCCUGCAUGACUACAAAGAUAUCUUUAAACAGGCGACAGAGGACCGACUGACCAGCGCCAAUGAGUUGCCCUACUUCGAAGGCGACUUCUGGCCCAACGUAUUGGAGGAGAGCAUCAAGGAGCUGGAGCAGGAGGAGGAGGAGAGGAAGAAAGAGGAGAACACGGCUGCCUCUGAAACCCCUGAGGGUACACCAGGGGACAGCAAAAAUGCUAAGAAGAAGAACAACAAGAAGACGAAUAAAAACAAGAGCAGCGUGAGCCGAGCCAAUAAGAAGAAGCCUGGAAUGCCGAAUGUAGCCAAUGAUUUGUCCCAGAAGCUGUAUGCCACCAUGGAGAAGCACAAAGAGGUGUUCUUUGUGAUCCACCUCCACUCUGGUCCCAUGGUCAACACCCUGCCGCCCAUCGUUGACCCCGACCCCUUGCUCUCCUGUGACCUGAUGGAUGGCCGCGAUGCCUUCCUGACUCUGGCCAGGGACAAGCACUGGGAGUUUAGCUCCCUCAGGAGAUGCAAGUGGAGCACCAUGUGCAUGCUGGUUGAGUUGCACAACCAAGGACAGGACCGCUUUGUCUACACUUGCAACGAGUGCAAGCAUCAUGUGGAGACACGCUGGCACUGCACCGUGUGUGAGGACUUUGAUCUUUGUAUCAAUUGUUAUAACACGAAGGGUCAUGAGCACCAGAUGGUGAAGUGGGGCCUCGGCCUGGAUGACGACAGCAACAGCCAGAGUGGAGAGGCCUCCAAGAGCCCACAAGAGAGCCGACGCCUAAGUAUCCAACGCUGCAUCCAGUCCCUGGUCCACGCUUGUCAGUGUCGCAAUGCAAACUGCUCUCUGCCGUCCUGCCAGAAGAUGAAGCGAGUGGUUCAGCACACCAAGGGCUGCAAGCGCAAAACCAACGGUGGCUGCCCUGUAUGCAAGCAGCUUAUUGCUUUAUGCUGUUACCACGCAAAGCACUGUCAGGAGAACAAGUGUCCUGUCCCGUUCUGCCUGAACAUCAAGCACAAGCUUCGCCAGCAGCAGCUGCAGCACAGGCUCCAGCAGGCCCAGCUGAUGAGGAGAAGAAUGGCCACCAUGCAAGGAAGAACCAUGCCGCUGCCGUCCCCACCAGCCUCAGCUGCCCCCAGUACUCCCACUUCCCAUACCCAGCCCAACACUCCCCAGACACCCCAGCAGCCACUCUCCAACCAGCCGCAGACCCCCAACUCAGCAGGCGUCAUGUCCCCUUCUUUCCCUAACGCACCUCGCAAUGGCCAGCCUCAAACACCGGUGUCCCAGGGCAAGCCUGGGCCCCAGGCCUCUCCUCUACACCAGCAGCAGUCCCCUCACCCCCAGCCGCCCCAGCCACCUCAGCAGCUACAGCAGCAGCCUCCCCCUGGUGCAGUCAAGAUGGCACGGCAAAUCGAGAUGAUGGCACAGGCCCAACAGAACCAGCAGAACUACCGCGUCAACAUGAACGGCUUGCCCAUGAACCCCCAGCAGCCGCAGCCACGCAUGACUGGACCAAUGCAGCCACCCAUGCAAAUGGUGCCAGGGCCCCGGGGACCACAGGUCAUGCAACCCGGCAUGGCCCCAGGACAGUGGCCCGGAGCUGCUGGGCCCAUGCAGGCAGCUCAGACUCAACAACCAGGCCUUGUCCCAGGCCAGACCCCACAGCAGGCCAUGACGAUGCAGCGAGCCAUGAUGCCUCCAGGGCAGCAACCUCAGCAGGGCCAGAGGAUGCUGAUACCACAGCAGCCUGUUGCCCGGCCACAGACACCCCAGAGACCUGGUGCUAUAGCCCCGAAUGCCCUGCAGGACCUUCUACGCACCCUCAAGUCUCCCAGCUCACCCCAGCAGCAGCAGCAAGUCCUCAACAUCCUCAAAUCAAACCCUCAGCUAAUGGCUGCUUUCAUCAAACAGCGAACAGCCAAGUACCAUGCCAACCAGCCGCAGCAGCAGCAACAGCAACAGCAGCAGCAGCAGCAGCAGCAGCAGCAAGCAGGUCAGCAACAACAGCCCGGCAUGCCAGCAAUGCAGGCCAUGGCCAUGCCAGGAGGGGCGGUGCAGAGGCCGGGGAUAACCCCGCAGCCGCCCCAACAGCCUCCUGCGCAGGGCAUGGCAGCAUUAGGGGCUCAAGGGCAGCUGCUGAAUGCAGCACACAACACCAACCCCCAGAUCCAGGAGCUCUACCGUCGGCAGCUCUUAAGACAACAGCAGCAGCAACAACAGCAGCAGCAACAGCAACAGCAACAACAACAACAACAACAACAGCAGCAGCAGCAGCAGCAGCAGCAGGGAGUGAUGCCUCAGGGCCACCCUGGCCAGUUCUCUGCACAGACGCAGGGUACGGCAGCUACGUACUCCCAGCUCCGUAUGCAGCAACAGCAACAGCAGAUAGCCAUGCAGGCAGGCGCAGGAGCAGCUGGGGGACCCAUGGGCCAGCUCCCACCCAUGGCUCAGAUGGCGCAACCCGGAAUGGGGAUGGACUCCACCCAGAACUUGCUGCAUCAGCGAAUGCUCCAGCAGCAACAGCAGCAGCAGCAGCAGCAACUUCCCCAGCAGCAGCAGGCCGUCCUCAAACAGCAGAUGGGCUCCCCCGCCCAGCCCAGCCCAAUGAGCCCUCAGACCCAUUUGCUGGCCGGCCAGCCCCAGGGUGGAGCCCACCUUCCCGGCCAGCCCGCACUAGCCAAUGCCCUAAGCAACCAGGUCCGUUCCCCCGCGCCCGUCCAGUCCCCCUGUCCGCCUUCGCAACAGCCGCCACAGCCGCCACAUUCCAGUCCCUCACCGCAGGUCCAGAACCAGCCCCAGCCCUCACCGCAGCACCCGCCUCCACCACACUCGGGUUCCCCCCACCCGGGACUCGGGGGCCCACUGCAGUCCAUGGAGCAGGGACACUUGGGGACACCAGAACAGAGUGCCAUGCUACCGCAGCUUAAUACACCCAACAGAGGGGGACUGAACAGUGACUUGGGGAUGGUGGGAGAUGCUACAGGGGACACUCUGGAGAAGUUUGUGGAGGGAUUGUAGCAUUUCUGCUGGGAACUAAGGAACACUCGCUCCUAGGAACCCAUCUUCCCACUCCUCCUCGUUUCCCCUUGGAUUCUUCAUGCCGUUGGAGGGCUUUGUUUGUUCUUUCUAAGGUUGAGAACGUUCUUUUUGUACUGACAUGUAAAAAAUUUUGACUGUUGUAAAAAGGAAAAAGAGAAUUUGGUCGAGAAAAAAACAAAACAAAAAAAAAAUCCAUACUUCUAAAGAAUGAGAUUGUUUCCUAAACUCAAGUGGAAGAGUAUUUCUUCCUUUAGAUGUUGCGGGAUUUGCAAGUUGCUUCUUAAAUGAAAUUUAAAUCACAAAGAAUAUAUUUUUUGGUUGAGACCAAAUGUGUUCAAUACUCAAUUUAUUUUUGGUUUGUUUUUGGUAUGGUUUCAUGCCUUUCUCGUUUCUUUUUCUUUCUUUCUUUUUUUUAAAGAAAAUGUACAAUUGCAUUAUAUUAUUCAUAUCUUUUUAUUUUGUACCUUUUGGAAAAAAAAACCUAAAGCAUUUUUGUUUUGAAACUGUAAAAUAAUUUUGUCUGGGAAUUGGGCCAGGUUUUUGUUCACUUCUCAAACUGUCAUUCCUGGCAAUUGUAAUCUAGUGUUGUACCAUUACUCCAAGACGAUGCGUUCAGGGACAGAGACUGCGCCCUUCCUCUUUGUGUGUAUGAAGAGCACUCAGUUGUAUUAAAAUAGGAAAUGGACUGCGCCAGGUUGUGUAUACACGGGCAUGUAUGCAGGCACACAUUAAGACACUGACACAAACCUUCACAGUCACUAAGAGAAACACAGCUCCAACUGGUUUCACCAACACAGACAGAAAGGACUGCAACCUACAACUCAGUGGCCUGGAAUUUGGAAAAUCUGUCUUGCAGCUGUAGAAAAUUGUUGCUUUGACAUUAAAAAGAAUUUGUCAUA